CUUCUUCACUCAUAGUAUUAUCAAUCUCUUAAAUUUGUCUAUUUGAUUAAAUCUCAGUUUCUAAAACCCUAAUUUAGCAAUGGCCAGUGACAAGAAGAUUAAGAUUGGGAUUAACGGAUUUGGAAGAAUUGGACGUUUGGUUGCAAGAGUUGCACUUUCCAGGAAUGAUAUUGAACUUGUUGCUGUUAAUGAUCCAUUCAUUUCCACUGAGUACAUGACAUAUAUGUUUAAGUAUGAUACAGUUCAUGGUCAAUGGAAACACAGUGAUUUGAAGGUUAAGGAUGAUAAAACUCUUCUCUUCGGUGAGAAGCCUGUUACUGUUUUUGGAUUCAGAAACCCAGAGGAGAUCCCAUGGGGUCAGACUGGUGCCGAGUUUGUUGUUGAAUCUACUGGUGUUUUCACUGACAAGGAUAAGGCUGCUGCUCAUUUGAAGGGUGGUGCCAAGAAAGUUGUCAUCUCUGCUCCAAGCAAAGAUGCACCAAUGUUUGUUGUGGGUGUCAACGAGAAGGAGUACAAGCCGGAAUUUGACAUUGUUUCCAAUGCUAGUUGCACUACCAACUGUCUUGCCCCCUUGGCCAAGGUUCUUAAUGACAGGUUUGGAAUCGUUGAGGGUCUCAUGACCACUGUCCACUCCAUUACCGCCACUCAAAAAACUGUUGAUGGUCCAUCAAUGAAGGACUGGAGAGGUGGAAGAGCUGCAUCCUUCAACAUCAUUCCUAGCAGCACUGGAGCUGCCAAGGCUGUUGGAAAGGUUUUGCCAGAACUUAACGGAAAAUUAACCGGAAUGUCCUUCCGCGUUCCUACUGUGGAUGUGUCUGUUGUCGACCUGACUGUCAGGCUUGAAAAGAAGGCCACAUACGAGGACAUCAAAGCUGCUAUCAAGGAGGAAUCUGAGGGCAAGCUUAAGGGAAUCUUAGGAUACACUGAUGAGGAUGUUGUAUCUUCCGACUUUGUUGGCGACAGCAGGUCAAGUAUUUUUGAUGCCAAGGCUGGAAUUGCUUUGAACGACAACUUUGUCAAAGUCGUGUCUUGGUAUGACAACGAAUGGGGCUACAGUUCACGUGUUCUCGACUUGGUUGCUCACAUUGCUGCGUCCACAAAUUGAAGAACUCAACUGUCGAUGGACGAUUCCUUUUUUGAUGUAAUCAGUCAAAGGUUUAGAUGCAGAUUUCUGAGUUGUGUUUAAUAAAAACUGAGUUGAGGUUUUUUAUGUUUUUGUUGGUUUUUAUUUAUAAACUGUUAUGGGUUUUAACCAUACUUUAAUACAAAGUUAUUAGAUGACUGUUUACAGUA